AUGGAAACGGGGGAAGAUGAUCAUCCGGAGCUGGACAAGAAAGAGGAGGCAUGGGGAUCAGUGGCGAGCAAUGUUUCGGAUCCGCAAAAAUGCAUCGAGGAGUGUCGAGCCCAGGUCCUGGCAAGGGUAGUACCUGGCUUUGAUGGAUCGAGGUACAAUGAGGUUUGCAAGCAUCUGCUAGCAGACGAUGAGGACGCGAAGAACACUUUAUGGGAGUUUAUCUUUGCACCAGUAAUCAAAGACCCAGGACCUCCCCCGGAUGACUCCAUCUGUCCGAUAUCGUUGAACGGACCGUUUAUCAAUACGGACAUGAGACCGUCAUACAAGACGGAUUCAAGAGGUAGAGAACCGAUAUUCACAGCCUUCGGGAUAAUGGCCACGGUCCCGCCGGAAGUCAUGCCAUCGGCUGCAUCAUCGACUGCAUCGUCGGCCUCAAAAACGUCGGCACACUUAACAACAUCGACGACGGCAUACCCGACAUCCUUCAUACCACUCGCGAAUCAGUCUCAAACCCAUCGAAAAGAUGGGCUACCCACGGGAACCAAAGUCGCCAUCGGCACGUCUUCCGCCAUAGCAUUCCUCGCCAUCAUAGCCUUCGUCAUAUGCCUGUUCCGCCGUCGCUCACGGGACGACUACGACCACAGCCUAAAGAGCGAGAUCGGGCAUCCCAAUCCCCAGCCAGACACAUCGCCCACGCCCCUUUCGAGCCACUUGUACGCUAUACGUGAAGGCAUCCGGACACCUUUGACACCUCCACCCCGUCUACAGCAACGACGACUGCUUUCCACCCACGUGGGCCUCGAGAGACCGAGAAUCAACAUCAACGUCUCCAUCCCAGGAACUCCUCUCGGCGCCUCGGUCGAAAAGGCAGGCGUCUUCUCAUCGUCUCCCCUCUCGACACCCACGCCCACAGCUACCAACAGAGUCCCUCCUAAAUAUGACCGCUCCACCAAGCCGUACUACGGCGUUUCUCCGCCGCCGAAUACAUUUAGUCAAGGCACUGGCGGUAGUCCCAUAUCCUCCGGAAAGACGUCGAGCAUGAGCAGCGCGGCGAGCGGUCGCACCGCCACCACCGUAUCCAACGUCUCGAGCAUUGCCCCGCGCCUCACGCCCUCUUCGUGGCCGAUGCGGCCUCCGAGGCCUCACGAGAAACGGCUGCUGAUACCGGAUCUAGUGUGUCCUGGUCCUUCACCAGCCUGCUCGCUUCCUCCGGCACCUCCCGGGAGCCCCUCGAGUCCCGUGUCCUUUCACAAAAAAUUGCUACUGCAGCAGCUGCAACAGCAGCAGAAACGGGGGGAUGAUUUCGAUGGUGUCAGCGCUGCUGUCAGCAACGGAUGGGUUCCUCCGCGAAAUCCGGCGCGGGGCGUGGUGCUGGAGAAGGAGUCGAGGGAUCUGUGCGAGUUAACAGAGACGUAUGCGAGAGAGUCGCGAGAGAGGAGUAGCUGGGGAAGCUGGAGUAUCGGAGGUGGAGGGACUGGUGUUGGGGCGAGUUCGGUGCAAAAGGGGGGCGGGAGUGUGAAUAGUCCCGUGUUGGAGGAGGCGGAUCUGGAGAAGAUAGGCGGGCGGUAUUGA